AUGGAUCCCACCAUAAUUAAGGACUAUGAGCUCACAUUACGUGAACUCACCUUCAAUUCAAAGUCUAUCAUCGAUGUUCUCACUACCAUUGCUGAUGAAAAUAAACUGGAGGCACAGGGAAUAGUCAGAGCUAUCACUGAAAGAAUCACUAAAUGUAUUCCCGAACAGAAAUUGUACACGCUAUAUCUUCUCGAUUCUAUUUGCAAAGUCGUUGGACUGCCGUAUCAUACGAUGUUUGGUAACGAGAUAUUUCGCAUAUUCACUGAAAUAUACCUGUUGGUGAAUGAUCAGACCAGAGCAAAACUAGUGAAGCUUUUCGAGACUUGGAAGAUUCUGAAGGCGAAAAAUUCAACACUUCCAUUAUUUCCGGAGGACCAAUUGGAGAAAAUUGGCAACUUCUUGCGUCAAGCCAAACCGCGUGUUGCUGAAAGUCUGCAAGGUGGUAUUGUACAACUGUCUUUAGUGGCAGACAUAAGUUCUCUUCUCCCAAUUAUGGAGCAACGUGGACAUUCUGAUCCAUCUGAUGCCUCAAUACCACAAAAGAUCAGUGCACUCCGUGAAUUAAAGCUGAUUCUUCUGCUGCAACAGUUUGGACAGCCCGAAUUGGCGGGCAUUCAGGCAAGACUUACGCAGAUGAAAACUCAAAUUGCACAGGAUUCACAAGCCAAUGCUAUAGUCCCUUCUAAUGCAAACAAUUCAGAAAGCACACCAAAGUUCACUUCUUCUCAAUCAGCGCCUGCUAAAAGCGAGGCAACUGCACCGGAACCAGCAAAACCAGUCGCAACGGUAUUGUUUCAAAACUUGAUUUCAUCUGGACUUGUCAAGGUGGAUCAGUCACUCAAAAAAGACUCAAAACCUGAGUACGAAUUGGUUUUACCAAAGCACAAGUACUCUCCCCAAUCGUUCAAUACAUCUUCUGCAUCUAUCUUGUCGAACAUGAUUCAAGAUGCCAACAUGAGUCAGUUGCCUCAGCAUGAACAAAUUAAAUAUAAAGAGCUUUUAAAAUUAGAGAGAAAACUCGGAACAGUUGAAUCUUUCUCUUCCAAUCUCCAGAAUUUCAUCCUCAAUAACACUUUAGAUGCAUCUACUGUGCAAGUAUUGUAUGAAACCAAGUCUCUGAAAUGCUCUCAGUGCGGUAAAAGAUUUCCCUCGGAUGAUCGUGGUACAGCAAUGAAAAAGCUCCAUUUAGAUUGGCACUUUCGUAUCAACAAACGUUUGUCUAACCACAAAACUAAUGUUCAAAGCAGAAGCUGGUACCUAGAUACAGCUCAAUGGGUUCAGUUCCAAGAGAAUGAGUUGUCUGAAUUUGAACCAUCCACAGUCAAGAAAGACGUAAAUACUAGGGCCACUUCUACAGAGGUUGCCUUCGUGGUCAUUCCAUCUGAUGAAACAAACAUGAACAAUGUAUGUGCAAUUUGCAGAGAACACAUUAAGCCUUCGAUCAACCCUGCUACCGAAGAAUGGGUUUGGAAUGAGUGUAUGCUAGCGCCUGGAAAUAACUCGGGAAGAAAAAUUGUGCAUGUCUCGUGUUUCGAAGAGGCAAAUCGCAAAAGAGGCGCUGAAAAUGAUGGAAACGGACGGGUUAAAAGAGAGCGCUUUGCGUGA